AGAUACUGCUCUCUCUGCCUGCUCUCAUCUUUAUUGUACAUAUAUAUAUAUCUAUCUAUAUAUAUAUGCCGAUACACAUACGUACCAUACUAUUGCACAGUCAAGAUGCAAAUCAUCGCCAUCGCUGUCAAUCCACUCACGCUGUAGAAACACCUCUCGAAUCUUAUUUAUCUAUUUUGGCUUCGGAUUUUGAGGCUCAAAAUAGCACGUAACGGCUGGAAUUGGAAUCCGGGGAAGGAGGUUGACCGAUUUGAGACAUUCGAAUCGAACUUGUUUUGGUUUGGCCCCUGCCUUGUGUUCGAUUUUGUUGCCUUUCGCUCAACCGCAUCAUCACGUGGAGGAUUUCUGGAUGCAAAUGGGGUUUCAACAAAACGGGAGUGGUGGAAAGGGUAACAGCGACUCCAAGAGGAAUAAGCGCAAGCAGAAGAGACUAUCGCCGAUUCAGAAGCUUUAUGAAACCUGCAAGGAGGUCUUUGCUGAUUGUGGACCUUACAUUGUUCCAACCCCCGACAAAGUCGAAAAGCUUGCAGUAGUUUUGGAUGGGAUGACACACGGAGAUGUUGGGCUGCGGCCAAAUAUGCCAAUUUUCAGCUCUGAAAGAGCUCCUAUCAUAACAUAUCUCCACAUCUAUGAAUGUGACAAGUUCUCAAUUGGAAUCUUUUGCUUGCCUCCAACAAGUGUCAUUCCACUUCACAACCAUCCUGGAAUGACAGUUUUUGGCAAACUUCUCUUUGGAACUAUGCAUAUCAAGGCGUAUGACUGGUCAAAUGAGGUGCCGAGGAAUAAGGAUUUAGUGCCAGCAUAUCCUGUGGAUGCAAAAAUUUCUGGUGCAGUUCGUCCUGAUGGAAUGCAAUUGGCUAAGCUUAAGGUCAAUUCAGAAUUUACUGCUCCUUGCCGAACUUCCAUUCUCUACCCUGCUGAUGGUGGAAACAUGCAUUGCUUCACUGCCAAGACUGCUUGCGCUGUGCUAGAUGUGCUCGGGCCUCCAUAUUGCGAUCCAGAUGGUCGCCAUUGUCAGUACUACUAUGAGUAUCCGUUCUCCGAAUUUCCAGCUGACAUUGUUGGCGCAACCGAGGAAGAGAAAGAGAGCUAUGCGUGGCUUAUGGAGAGGGAUAAACCGGAGGAGUUAUCUGUAGUUGGAUUGUCCUACGAUGGUCCGAAAAUUGCUAAAAAAUAAUUCUUGAACAAAGGAAGCAGCAAAGUUGUUUCCAUCUGCAGUUACAUUGUAGAAUAGGAACUCUUGUUUCUGUUGCUCUGUUCUCCAUCUUUAUAUGUACAUAAGUAUCCAGUAAAAAUUUAUAUAUAUAUAUAUCAAAGAAAAGAUGACUGAACCAUUUAAACUUUUAUAUA